AACCGCCUGACCAGCCUGGCGCGGCCGAAUCUGAAAGCUAAUGACAUUAUUGUGCAGAGACACAAUGUCUGUGGGCAUUUGCUGACCCGGGCUUUGGUGAGGGCUUAAUCCAGCAUUCUCGGCCCGCUUUCCACAGGGAUGCAGCAGUCACCCGUCUUGGCACCGGCACUCCUAGGGAAGAUAUAAAUGCCACCUCCCGCCUGCAGGCUUCACGGGCACUCUCAGGGGCUGGUGUCACUGGUCAUUCCUGCACAGACAGCCCACCAUGGCCUCAGACCACCAGACCCAAGCGGGCAAGCCGCAGCCCCUCAACCCCAAGAUCAUCAUCUUUGAGCAGGAGAACUUUCAGGGCCACUCGCAUGAGCUCAACGGGCCCUGCCCCAACCUGAAGGAGACGGGCGUGGAGAAGGCAGGCUCUGUCCUGGUGCAGGCUGGACCCUGGGUGGGCUAUGAACAAGCCAACUGCAAAGGGGAACAGUUUGUGUUUGAGAAGGGUGAGUACCCCCGCUGGGACUCCUGGACCAGCAGUCGGAGGACGGACUCCCUCAGCUCCCUGAGACCCAUCAAAGUGGACAGCCAGGAGCAUAAGAUCAUCCUCUAUGAGAACCCCAACUUCACCGGGAAGAAGAUGGAGGUCAUAGAUGAUGACGUGCCCAGUUUCCACGCCCACGGCUACCAGGAGAAAGUGUCUUCUGUGCGGGUGCAGAGUGGCACAUGGGUCGGCUACCAGUACCCCGGCUACCGCGGGCUGCAGUACCUGCUGGAGAAGGGUGACUACAAGGACAGCGGUGACUUCGGGGCCCCCCAGCCCCAGGUGCAGUCUGUGCGCCGCAUCCGUGACAUGCAGUGGCACCAGCGCGGCGCCUUCCACCCCUCCAACUAGCACCCCAUCUCCUCCUUCCUGGGGGGCCUGGCCCACUGCCCAGGAUCCCACCAGUCAUCCUGGCGAGUGAAUAAAGUGUGACUUGCAACUUGUC